CCAGUCCACGGCGGAUAAGGGGGACCAGUCCCUGUGCGGGGAGAAGAAGUUCUCGGUCCCGCAGCCGCCCUCCAUCGAGGACUUCGCCAUAGUGAAGCCCAUCAGCCGCGGCGCUUUUGGGAAGGUUUAUCUGGCCCGGAAAAAGAAGAACAACAACAACAGCAAGCUGUUCGCCGUGAAGGUGGUUAAGAAGGCGGAUAUGAUCAAUAAGAACAUGGUUCACCAGGUUCAGGCUGAAAGGGACGCUCUGGCUUUGAGUAAAAGCCCUUUUAUUGUACACUUAUACUACUCUCUACAGUCGGCCAACAAUAUCUACCUGGUCAUGGAAUAUCUCAUUGGAGGAGAUGUGAAGUCUCUCCUGCACAUCUACGGUUACUUUGAUGAGGAUAUGGCGGUUAAGUACAUUUCUGAGGUCGCUCUGGCCCUCGACUACUUACACAGGCAUGGAAUAAUUCACAGGGACCUUAAACCAGAUAACAUGCUGAUAUCCAAUGAAGGUCACAUUAAGCUAACAGACUUCGGACUCUCCAAAGUAACUCUAAAGAGAGAAAUUAACAUGAUGGAUAUUCUUACAACACCUUCAAUGGCCAAACCCAAUCGAGACUACUUCCGCACUCCAGGACAAGUUCUAUCCCUAAUAAGCUCUCUUGGAUUUAAUUCUCCAGUCCACAGUAAGGUGCAGGGAUCCAGUUCCUCAAUACUGAAUGAGUCGUCUCAGAGCAACGCUACACCUCUUGUAAUGGGAAAUAAAGAAAAUACAGUGAGAGCCAGCAAGCUCCAAAUAUUAUGUCCUGAAGUAAACACAUCCAGUCCCAGCAUGCCAGUUAAAUGUCUGACACCCAACCUUCUGAAGUUCAGGAGACGGCUGGGCACCUCCAGUACCAGCAGUCAGUCCCGGUUGUGCUUAUCAAGCAUGGAGUCGGAAUAUUGCAGCAGUCCAAAAUGGGAAACCGGAAACCAGGAUUUAGAAGGUCCUCCGUUUCUCAGCUCCAGCCGUUUAAUAAAGAAUAGUAUGUCCGAUAAGUCACUAAGUAAACUCCAGCUAGGAAAAGUUGGCAAGUGCAUAAAAGAUCUAGAGUCGGCCAUCUCCCCCAUUGUUAUUCGCAGAAACGGCAAGAAAUUGGAUAUCCACAAUGACAUGGACUUAGAAGAUACUCCCAUUGCUGGUCUGAAUGCAAAAGGCAUCAUAAGGAAAUGUCUCUAUGACCCCAACCUGCAUGAAGAAAAGGAAAACUUAAGUGCAGAUGGACGAUUUAAAGACUUACUCAGAUCUCCGGAAUCUCCUCCUUGGCUGGCAAGUUCAUCUUUGGAUCCCUUAAAGUACAAUGAAGAUGAAAAUGGUGAUAGGGUCGGAGUCAAAAGAAGUUUUUCACUUGUUGAAACGAGUCCCGGAGAAGAGCUUAAGGAAAAAAAGAACAAUUCUCAGUAUAAGAGAGGCUGCAAACUCUCAGAGGUUAUAGCCAACCCCAGUACAGGUCUGACAAUGGAGAUAGAGUCCAUGUUUCUCGGUGGCCUCCAUAAAAGUAUUGAGAAGGAUAAUAAACUCGAAGAUGCUUUUGUCCCUGCUCCGGUUACUCCCGAAAAUCAUUGCUCGGGAAAUCCAGUUGCCAAGAACUUGUUGUGCGAGUUAAAUGAGAAUUGUGAGCAGGAGGAGAACAUCAACUCUGGACCAGAGAAGGACAGUGCUUGGAAACAAAGUCCAGAUGGGGGUUCGGAGCCUUGUCCUAAUAUGUCUAUUACAGAACACCCGCUGGAGAAGGAGCUGUGUGAUGUAGAUAAAAGCAUGAAAGAACUGUCCUUCGAGUCACAGAGUGAGGAGAAUGGCGGAUCCCCUUCUGAGGAAGCAAAUGCAGCUGCAAUAUCUGAACAUAAAGAGCAAAGGAACGGAAGGUGUAUGGUGGCUGGUUUUUCAGAAUCGGUCAAUGAUUCUUUGGCAUCUCCAGCAACAACAAGAACUAUAAACAAGUCUACAAGAAGAGCCGUAGUGGCUUUCAGGAGUUACAACAGUCCUAUAAACGUGUCAAGCCUCUCAGAACGUUCUCGGAUAAGUGUUGGGUCGGUGGAUAAAAUACACUUCUCUUUGGGGUGUACCAGAUCUUACCCAUUGAUGGUUACUCCUGCGCAGAAGGAUAGAACGUGCCUGAAUUUCCAGGGUCAGGCAGAAACCCCAUAUAGGACACCAAAGAGUGUGCGACGAGGAGCGGUCCAGCCCGAGAAAGAGAAAAUCCUUGGGACUCCAGACUACUUAGCUCCAGAGCUGCUACUUGGGAAAUCCCAUGGACCAGCAGUGGACUGGUGGGCCCUUGGAGUUUGUCUUUUUGAGUUUCUGACCGGCAUACCUCCAUUUAAUGAUGAAACUCCAGCUCAAGUGUUCCAGAAUAUUCUGAAAAGAGAUAUUCCUUGGCCAGAAGAUGAGGAAACCCUUUCGGUUAACGCUCAAGAUGCAAUAAAUAUUCUCCUCACCCUGGACAACACAAAGAGAGCGGGAUUAAAGGAACUCAAGGCUCAUCCUUUUUUCCAUGGCAUAGAAUGGGAAAUCUUGCAGAACCAGCCAAUGCCUUUCAUUCCGCAGCCAGACGAUGAAACGGACACCACUUACUUUGAAGCCAGAAAUAACGCCCAGGAUCUUAAAGUGUCUGGAUUCAGCCUGUAGGACUCUCUGCCCAUGAACCUUCCUUUUUUCACUUUUUUAUUGUUUGUGAAUGUGAACACUGCCUAUAUUACUUAUUCAGGUUUUUAGCUAAGCUGCCUACGUUUUGUAGUUUUAAUGAGGCGUGUGAUAUUCCCAUACGUAUAAAAAAUUUGACCGCGGAUGUUGAUUUUAGACUUUGUAAAUAUUUUGCUCUUGACCUGUGCACCUUACAAUAAAGGGAACCUGUCAGGAGUUUCUUGCUGCUUGAACCAUGAGGAGCAUGAAACAAGGACAGGCUCCCUCAGUACAGCCACAAAACAUUUACUCUGAAUAAAAGGGUUUCUGGGAGAUCAUAGUUUAAAAAUGAGAAUGGGGCAAAAAGUCAUCUUGGAGGUCCCAGCUGGCUUCUCUCCUAUUUGUGUAUAGGAAGAGACCUGUCGAGAAAGACGCUACAAAGGACCCUCCAGAUAAUUUUUCACCCUGUUCCCCGUCCAUAUUUAUGGGGUUAAUUUACGAAGAUUAGUGUUUGAUCCCUCUGCCAUGCCCCCUAUGCAAGCCUGGGGCAGAUUAGAUUAGACCUUAAUAAAUUCACCUCAAUAACUUCUCUGAAACACUGUAGCCUGUCAGGGUAAAUAGGUAAGGAGGGUGUAAUGAGGAAUCCUAUCCGUAGCUCGGGCCGCAUGAAACUCUUGACAGAUUUCCUUUUUAAGCCUGGAAAAUGCAACUGUAAAUCUUAAUUUAAAAUAAAGUAUUAUAAUGUCUG